AUGACUUCGCGGGAUCAGCUGGUACAGCAGGUGCUGCGGGAUCUGCAAGAGGCAGUGGAGUCUGAGGGCCUGGAAGGUCUCAUCAGUGCCGCCCUGGAGGCCAAGCAGGUCCUAUCUUCCUUCACCCUUCCCAUCUGCCAGAAGGGUGGCCGUGGGCCCCAGGUGCUGGAGGUGGACUCUGUGGCCCUCAGCCUGUACCCAGAGGAUGCUCCUCGGAACAUGCUGCCCAUGGUGUGCAAGGGCGAGGGUAGUUUGUUGUUUGAAGCAGCCAGCAUGUUGCUAUGGGGGCACACCGGUCUCAGCCUGGAGCUGCGCGCCCGUACUGUGGUGGAGAUGCUGCUGCACAGGCGCUAUUAUCUCCAGGGGAUGAUCGACUCCAAGGUGAUGCUACAGGCCGUGCGCUACUCCCUGUGCUCUGAGGAGUCCCCCGAGAUGACCAGCCUGUCUUCUGCCACGCUGGAGGCCAUCUUUGACGCCGACGUCAAGGCUACGUGCUUCCCUAGCAGCUUCUCCAAUGUGUGGCACUUGUACGCCCUGGCCUCCAUCCUUCAGCGCAAUAUCUACUCCAUCUACCCCAUGCGCAACGUCAAGAUCCGACCCUAUUUUAACCGUGUUAUCAGGCCUCGCCGCUGCACCCACGUGACCUCCAUGCUGCACAUCAUGUGGGCUGGCCAGCCCCUCACUAGCCACCUCUUCCGUCACCAGUAUUUUGCCCCUGUGGUUGGCCUGGAGGAGGUGGAGGCUGAUGGUACCGCUAGCCUCGGUCCUGCUCUUCCAAGUGUCGGUACUCUCCUACCACCAACCAAAACCUUGGAACUGCUCAACCGGGAACCUGGCCUGAGCUACUCCCACCUCUGUGACCGCUCCAGCAUCACCAAGAGCACCUUCUACCGCUGGCGGCGGCAGACCCAGGAGCACCGGCAGAAGGUAGCCACCCGCUUCUCCGCCAAGCACUUUCUGCAGGACAGCUUCUACCGUGGAGGCCUUGUGCCGUUACAGCAGUUCCUGCAGAGAUUCCCUGAGAUCUCCCGUUCUACUUACUAUUCCUGGAAGCAUGAGCUGCUGGGUUCUGGUGCCUACUCGGCUCUGGUCCCAGCUGCUCCACUCAGGGAGGCACUAGCUAUGCCAGAGGUGGAGAGGCGGCCAGGGAAGAAGGCUGCAGGAGGGCUGGGGUGCUCCCCACUGGCAGCGUCAUCGUCAAGCCCUAGUAUAAUCUUAAUGCAGCGCGCCAAGUCGUACCUGGAGCACUGCAUCUCCCUGAACAAAGUGGUACCCUAUCGCUGCUUCAAAUGCAAGUUCCCUGGCAUCUCGAGGUCCACCUACUACAACUGGAGGCGAAAGGCCCUCAAGAGGAGCCCCAGUUUCAAGGUGGCCCCAUCCGUUGCAACCGCUGAUUCUCCCCAGCCGUUAGAUGCUGAGAAAGGGGCCCUGCUGUCUUUGAAGAGUGAGGUGGGAGAGGAGGAGACAGGGAAGGCAAUAGGUGCAGGUCUUCCUACUUCCCAGGGGCUUAUAUCCCCAAGGAUGCCCUUGUCCCGUUGGCAGAGGCGACUACGCAGGGCAGCGCGCAAGCAGGUGCUAAGUGGGCACCUGCCCUUCUGCCGCUUCCGCCUCCGGUACCCUAGCCUGUCACCCUCCACUUUUUGGGUCUGGAAAAGUCUUUCCCGGGGAUGGCCCAGGGUGCAGGGUCCGUCUUUGGGUAAAAGGAGGCAGGAGCCAGAGGAUCGGCAGAAGCCAGAUGAACGGCAGAAUAUGGAAGCUGUUGUAACGGGAACAGCUGUGAGGGUCCCUCUAGUGAAAACACUGCCAGCGGUCGCUUCUCCGGAAGAUGCCCAAGGAGGACUUUCCAGAGAAGGGGUCAUUCAAGGGGUAGCUAUGGCCCAGGGCCAGCCCCACAGUGGAUCCCUGCCAAGUCAGGCUGUGGCGGUGGCAGCUGGUGGCAGCGAUGGGCAGGUGUUGAUGAUGGACAUGCUCACCAGCACCAAGUUCAAGGCCCAAGCCAAGCUGUUCUUGCAGAAGCGCUUCCAGUCUAAGACUUUCCCCUCCUACAAGGAGUUCCAAGCUCUCUUCCCCCUCACUGCCCGCUCUACCUACUACAUGUGGAAGCGGGCACUCUACGAAGGCCUCACGCUGGUUGAUGGCUGA